AUGCAGCCCGCGGUUCCGAUGCUGACACUGAAAUUUGGCAACUCAGUGAUGUUGGAGAACUAUGGACACCUCUGCUUCCUAGGUCUCCUUCUGUCAAAGCCAGACCUGAUCAUGUUUUUGGAGCAAGAGAAGCAGUUCUGGGAUGCAAAGAGAAAGGAGACUGUAGGCUUCCAUCCAGGUAGGUGAGAAUGAAUGAGGCAGAUGACAGAGGGGAGGUCCAAGUCUGAAGGAGGAAGGUAGACCUUAAGCUGUGGUUCGAGUAGCUCUCCUUGAAUGAAGGUUAGUUGGAGACAUGCCCAGUUUUAUC